ACGACGGUACAACAACAAAACCAUGGUUGACCGUAUUUGCCUUGAAAGUAAAACGAUACUUGUGUCUAAGCUCGUCAGCCGGUAUAAUUGAUGGUGUAUUAUUUAUUUAAAAUCACAAUUCAUUGGUAGUUGUGUGUCAAUUGAGAUUCUUUUUCGUAAUAUUCCGUGAAUAUUAAAACCGCUCCGUGUCGAUAUCUCUCAGUUCUCUUGUGAUUAUCUCGUUGAGCUUACGUAUUCAAUCACUUAACAUAAACUACAUUUAUACGAUUGUGGUACGUGUACUCGAUUCUUAUCAAUAAGUUUAUUUAAAAUCAGAAUAUAUUGAAUUGUUCUGACGUCAGUCUUAUGAAAAUCGUUUGAAACCCUACAGUGCACAAAUCAAAGUGACUGUUUUGUCAAGCGAAUAGUGUUGCACUGACCUGACGUACAACCACACAUACACACACAUACAUUCAUUGUAAUUGAACCAAAUUCAAAGACUUGUUUACGCAAAAGGUUGCGGUCCAAUUUUUUCAGCGUUUAUUCACCUUUUGUCGGUUGAGAUUUGUUUUUCGUAGCAAAGAGAAAAGAGCAAUGGUUGCCUUAGCUAGAGAUGAGAUUUUGUUGUUGUUCGAUGUAGAUGGAACCUUAACACAGCCCCGAUCGAAUGUCGAAGCUGAUUUUGAAAAGUUCAUGUAUGAGCAGAUUAAGCCACGUGCAACAAUCGGUAUCGUAGGCGGUUCAGAUUUGGAGAAAAUGUUCGAACAAUUGAAUGGCCGUGGAAUUUUGCAGCAAUUUGAUUAUGUGUUUCCCGAAAAUGGGCUGGUUCAAAUUGAAAACGGAGUCGAAGUUGGUAAAGAAUCGUUGCAACAGCAUUUGGGCGAACAAACUUUGCAACGAUUUAUCAAUUUUGUUUUGCGAUAUCUGUCCGAAUUGGAGUUGCCAUUCAAACGUGGAACGUUCCUAGAAUUUCGAAAUGGCAUGAUGAAUGUAUGCCCGAUCGGACGGCAAUGCACAAAAGAAGAGCGGCUUACCUUCAAUCAAUUUGAUAACGAACAUAAUGUACGUGAAAAUAUGAUUGCAGCAUUGCGCAAAGAAUUUUCGGACAUUGAUUUAACGUACAGUAUUGGUGGCCAAAUAUCGUUUGAUGUCUUUCCAAAUGGAUGGGAUAAAACGUUUGCAUUGCGUCAUGUUACAAAACCAGGGAAAAACUAUAAAGAAAUCCAUUUCUUCGGUGACAAAACGGAAAAAGGUGGCAACGAUCAUGAAAUCUAUAACGAUCCACGAACUAUUGGUCACAAGGUAGCAUCACCCGAUGAUACUCGACGCAUUUUAACCGAAUUAUUUCAACUUUAAAUUUUCCAACCUGCCAUUGCAUUUAAUUGCCAUUGCACCUGCCAAUUGUAAAUAUCGAUAUUUCUUUGUUAAAAAUGUACAUUCCAAGAUUUAAUUGCCUUUGACAGCCAUUUGUUUGAAUUAAAAGAAGAACGGAUACAUUUCAUUGAGCAAUGAUAUUGUAUUUUAUUAACAUAAGAAAGUUAUAUUGGCAAUUUUAAAAAUAAAAAAUUAUAAUUACUAAUUAUGAAUGAACCAAAAAUAAAAUCCAUGUAUUCGAUAAUAAUUAUGAGGAAGGAAACGAAAAAAAA